AUGAAUCUUGCCCUCCUAUGGAACAUGGAUAGAGCUUCUAUCGUUGACUCCUUGCGUAUGGGGAGCAUAGAGACGUAUCCACAUUUAAUCACUUACACUUGCAGCCUUUUUUCCCGGAUGAGCAAUGACAAUAUUCGCGAAGAGUCACUCAUUGUCUGGGGCACUAUGCCAGGAGACUCGCAAUGUCUCAUGCGUUUGGGGUACGGCGCUUCUUGGAGCCUCUCGGUAAAAUUGGUGACAGGAAAUGCUAUUUUUCCUAGGUACUUCCUCCUUGGUGGCUACUCCCAAUCACGUAUCCUGUCGCCACCAACACAGAACGAACCUCAGCUAUCACGCCCCGAGGCCCCACCCCCGCAUUUCAGCAGGACAUCCCGACACUCCUCAUGCUUUCUCAAUGAAACCUCAUGGUGGUCCCGGGGCCUCUAUACAACUUUUUUUGGAAAAUUUGCAACCCAAUACCUCCCAGAGUUCGGUCGUCGUAGUGAGAUUCGGCUGCAAGAAGAUGUGGACACUAAGUUGAAAGAACAAACGCUGGGAACAGUUCAGCUUCGCCACAAUGAAACCAAUGAAAUCAUUCUGGUACCCACGCCCUCAAAUGACCCCAACGAUCCUUUAAACUGGUCACCAACACGCAAAUACUACAUUUUUUCGCUGACAUGCUUUGGAAUUUUCUUCGCCCAUGCCGUCAUUGUCGGGCCUGCUGUUGCCCUAGAGUUGAUCACUCUCGAAUUCUUCGGCCCUGGGCCUGACACUGUGCCAAACAACAUUGCUAAAGCAUCAUACCUUCAAACCGGGUGUUCACUCAUGAUUGGUGCGGGCAAUCUUAUUUGGGUGCCUCUGGCAAUCAAAUACGGCAGAAGGCCCGUUUACAUCGCGUCCUACCUUUUACUUACGGCAAGUUGUAUAUGGAGUGGCGCAGCGGCUUCUUUUGGCAGUGCACUUGUUGGCAGGCUCUUUCUCGGCUUUGCUUGUGCUGCUGCAGAAAUCGUCGCACCCUUGACAAUCACUGACUUGUUCUUCUUGCACCAACGCGGGCGUGCCAUGGUUAUCUACACAUGUUCCUUAUCUGCGGGUGUUGGUGUGGGCGUGGUGUUUUCGGGCCUGAUCACACAAGCUUACAGCUGGAGGAUGAUAUUCUGGGUAUUUUCUGCCUUCGUCGGAACUUGUACGGUUCUAGUACUGUUCACCUUCCCCGAAACACACUAUCGAAGGCGAUAUGCAACGGAGCUAGAGGUGGUACCAUCCAGACACGAAUCCACCAAGCCGUCUUCUCAGUGUCUUGAGAACCCUCCUUCUUCGUCGCACACGUCAUCUCCAUCGACGUGGAAGACCUAUUUGGCGACUAUGAGAGUCUUCUCGGGGACUUACACUAGCGAACCUCUACUGGCUCUGAUGUUUCGUCCUCUUGUCGCCAUUACUUUGCCAGCCGUAUUCUGGGCGACCUUAAUCAACGCAAUCACCACUGGCAUGAUCGUUGUGAUAUCCGCGAACUUCUCGAACGCUUUCUCGACGGUCUACGGUUUUCAUACCUGGCAAUCCGGUUUAACGUAUCUCUCUACGAUAUUUGGCUCCUUCUUAGCCAUCUUCUGCGGGGGACACUUCACAGAUUGGAUGGCAGACAAACUGACGAUUCGGAGUGGCGGAACCAGGAUCCCCGAAAUGCGGUUACCUGCAAUGAUAAUCAGCUUGAUCACGGGUCCAUUAUCAUGCAUUUUAUACGGGGCAGGCUUCGCGAAGAAAUUACACUGGAUUUGUCCCACUAUUGGUAUCGGCCUUGACACGCAUAUGUUAUGGAAGGGAUAUUAG